UGAAUUUAAAAAUAACAAAAUAAAUACCAUACAAGAGCCCAGUGUUAAGCUAAAGCCGUGUGAACCAACCUCUCUUUCUCUAUUUUGUUUGUUUGUUUUUCUCGAUAUUUUGAUCCGGAAGUGCAUCUCUCACUUAUCUGUCUACGCUUAAAGCUUUGUCACCUGGUUGUUUGCUUACUGUCUCGUGCUCCGCCUGCCCCGAUUCCCUAACUCCCUUAUACAACAGCUGUACCCAAGGAGGUACCUAACCUAAGGAGGUAGGUAAGCAAGUAGGGAAACAUUAGUUAGGCUUCCCUCACACAUGGGCUACCUUACCCAUUAAAUCUAGUCCGGUUCCGUCUAUUCUAGUCUAGUGGUUGCUUUUUCUUGUUGGCCGUCCCCUCCUCCGCUAGAACAGCUGCUUGGCCAAGGUACCUUACUCGGAGUAUCUCAAACAAACUCACAGUGGAUUUAAUCUUUUUUUUUCGAGUUACGAAUUCGAGUCCAUCCUUUUUGUUUGUUUUUCUAAUAAUCUGACCGACCUUGACACCAUCCAGCUUCUUGACCGACCAGCCAAAUCCACAAACGUCGACCCCGGCGGCGACAUUCGUUUUUGCCUGACACACCCACUAAGGUCCCCAGCACAAACACAGCGAGCCUCUCUCUUCUCUCUGCACUUCGACUCCACAAUCCGCACCUUCGACCCAAAAACCCCCCGUCAUCUCCUCCCUACCGCAACGCCCGAGCGUCCAAUCCUCCGAAAUCGAAAUUCUUCCCGAUCAAUUCGGGGACCAGAGACAGAGCAAUACCAGUUCAAGGGACGCCAGGGAAAAAAAGUGAACAGAGACCGGAAGAGCCGCAGCCGCAAAGGGAGAGACGCGACUAGAAAGCGGGACAACACCAAAGGCAAAACCCAGCCCACUGUCGGCCGCCCUUACCAACGAUAUUUGCCAUCCUCAAUUGGUACUUUUACGUCAGAAUACAAUAGGGGCUAUUUCGUGCUUGGUAGAACCCUCCCGCUCAGCUCUAAACAAUGGUGGUUGCAACGAUUAAAUGCGUUGUCGUCGGCGACGGUGCCGUCGGUAAAACAUGUCUCCUUAUCAGCUACACAACAAACAAGUUUCCGUCCGAAUACGUUCCGACCGUCUUCGACAACUACGCAGUGACGGUAAUGAUCGGUGACGAGCCGUACACACUGGGACUUUUCGAUACGGCAGGACAAGAAGAUUACGACAGGCUGCGACCCCUAUCAUACCCACAAACCGACGUCUUUCUCGUUUGCUUCAGCGUCACAUCGCCAGCUUCAUUCGAGAACGUGAGGGAGAAGUGGUUCCCCGAGGUUCACCACCACUGCCCCGGCGUACCCUGCCUCAUCGUCGGUACACAAGUUGAUUUGAGGGAUGAUCCCAGCGUUCGGGAGAAGCUGAGCAAGCAGAAGAUGCAGCCAGUGCGGAGGGAGGACGGCGAGCGGAUGGCUAAAGAACUCGGUGCGGUUAAGUACGUCGAGUGCAGUGCUCUGACGCAGUACAAGUUGAAGGAUGUCUUUGAUGAGGCAAUCGUUGCUGCCCUAGAGCCGCCGACACCCAAGAGGAAAUCCAAAAAGUGCCUGAUCCUUUGAAAGGCAGGAUUGUGUCCAUGGGAGACUUGCAGCAGUUGGCUGCGUCUCGGCACAGAUUUUGGAGGCUGGCGCAGACAUGACCAAUUCAGUCUUGGGGUAAACAAGAACAAUGGACUCUCGCGGGUUUCUAGGUUUCCUCGUUGUGGGAUCUGUCAAGCCUCGGGACGUGACCUGGUGGCAUUGUCGAGUUCUUGAAUCCCCUGCCAAUCUUGAAAUGGAUGGGUUCCAAGAACGCGUGCCAUAGUUCGUUCUCUUUUGUGACGGUUACGAGUGUCGUUAUCCAAAACAGAACAACCAGUAAGCAAGCAAACAGGCUGUAGCGGAUGCCAAAUGCGUGGGACCAGGUGUUCCAAGUACGCCUUUGUUCGACUUUUUUGUCAGAUCAAGUAGCGGUACGAUGGACUCAUGGCAACGCUGCAUAGGGCCUCCUGUUCACGGUAAAGCGGUCGUCUACCUGGCAUUUGUUUCCCUUUGUUCUUCAGAGCAUCAAGUAUCGAGCUGCAUCUCCCGUCAAAGGCUUGUCUUUUAUUUAUUUUCCACUAUGACUUUUUAUUUCUAAAUCAUUUUCUAUUGGUCCCAGCCCUUUUGAAUCUAUGCCUUUUUUGCUUUUUCUUUUCCCUUUUACAAAACGUUUUUUGUACAAGGGAUUAUCAUAAGAAAAAACUCAAGGCAGGAAGCUUUUGAUAGGACAGUGCUGGCGAUCUGGGGUGCAAUUCAAAUGUUAUUUGUUCAUUUUUAUUGUUCAUUUCCGUUUUUUUCCCUCUUACUACUCUUCUAUCUGGCUUUAGUAUCUACCUACCUAUCUAUACUUUGGCCAAAGCUUCUUGACAGAAAGGCAGCCAUUUUGUGGCAACUCGAAAAUAUACCCCCUCCUCCUCUUUGGUCCGUUUUCUCCAAUCAAUCAAUCGAUCACAAGCUCUUCGGAUCCUAGAAAAAAAUCCUCCUACCGGGCAGGUAAAGUUUGGAUGACUCCGACAGUGUGUUGGGGCUGUACAUAAUCCCAUGUCUUUUUUUCUGAUUGUUUUUAGUGUUUGCAGAGGACUCUAUAUUUCUUUUCUUUUUCUCUGCACAAAAAUUGGGGGAACUGGUGGUGUCACGCUCCACGUUUGUGCAGCAGGAUGAUCCCGCACCCAAUCCAAUGUUGAAGAAAAUGACGUUGGGCUUGCCCCGUUGGUGCGAACCAGUCGCGUUUCUGCGCCAUCCAAGACAUGCGAUCGUUUAGCACCAAAGUAAAAAGAAUUAAGAAGCAAAAGCACAUUGCCAACUUAUCUCCUAUUCUUCUUUCUCCCUUGUUCUUGUCCGUUGGUAACCCCCGAGCGCCCCCUCUGUCUGCCUCUCUGCGGGAGGCUGUCUUCAGCCCACCUCGGCCCUCACCGACCGACGGAAGCAACUGCAAACCUGCCCACAUGCGAUACUGGGGCCGAACAUCGGACUGGGUCUGGUGCCAUUCCGCCGGGAAAUUCAUGACCUUGGUUUGAGCCCUUUAGCAUGGUAGCUGCACAACUAGGUUUACGUAUUCAUGUAGGCAUGCUUGCCGUCAGUGCAUUCUGGAAUUUUGAAGUCUGCUUUCAUCUUUCGUAUCUGUCUGCAUUUUUCUUUCUCUUCUGUUAUGAUGCAGGAAAACAUCAGGAGCAGACACUCCGACCCGGCUUGGCGUCACCUAUUUGUUUGUAUACUUCCUUUUUGUUUUUUGACGAGUCAGCGCUCUUUUUACCCCCCUCACUGGACGUUUGGUCUCCAGAGUGAUUGGAUUUCAUAAUUGUCACAAAACCCCAGAGGGUCCGAUAGUGCCGUUUUCCUUUCCCCGCGCAUAGGACUGCCGCCUCAUCGGUCCGUUGUGUUGGUUAUCUUUGGCUUCGGGGGGAAAGUAACCCCGUAAUAAACACUGAAAUACAAAUUCGAUGUCAAGGGGGGUUUACGUUUUUCUCUCUCAUUUCCUGCAUGUGCAUAAGUCCCAUUAAAUUAAAUUGAUGUUGGUCUCACUGUCCACUGUUUAGCAACAAGGUGUCAAACCUUCGUCUUAUU